UUUAUUGGCCGGAAUUAGACAAGUAAAGGAGAGAGUAAACGCCAUGAUCCUCACCCCUUGCAAAGGUGGACUAGUCCGUAAGGCGACACCGUUGGCCCUCUCAUUGUGCCUGUACAGUACAGACGUCAAGAUGGUGGACAACGACGAAGUUCUAAGGCACAUCGGCGGCUUCGGUACCUACCAGCGGCGAUUAUGCCUCCUCUUGUCGCUUACAGCUAUCCCCUAUGCCGGACACAUGUUGGCUAUGGCUUUCCUCGGCGCUAAACCGCCACACCACUGUACAGUAGAGGGUCUAGAGAACAUAACGGUCAGGUUUGGCGAGGACGAUGGACUACGGUUGGUUUUUCCGGGGACUACAGAAAACGGAGUGUGGACCAUGAGCUCUUGCAAGAGGUACGACCUGACUUCUGUACCAGUGGAUGAUAUGGACCCAUGGAACACCACAGGCCUGCCGGAGGUCCCGUGUGAUCACGGCUGGUGGUACGACACGAGUCGCUUCAAAACGUCCGUUACCAUGGAGCACGAUCUCGUUUGUGGUCGGAAAUGGAUGGGAAGUUUGGCACAGUCCAUUUUCAUGGUGGGGGUGUUGCUGGGAGCUGUCAUUUUUGGCGACCUCUCUGACAGGUUUGGCAGGAAAAAGAUCUACUUUCUUUCUCUCUUCAUAAUGUUGGUGUUUGGUGUGUCGACGGCCUUCGCGCACAACUACUGGCUCUUUGUAUUCCUCCGCAUGAUCAUUGGAGCAACGAACUCCGGAGUUUUCCUGACAGCAUUUGUGUUAGCAUCAGAGCUUGUUUCGCCCGACCACCGCACGCUGAUCUCCAUGUUCCUGGUGAUAUUUUUUGGGGUAGGAGGGAUGAUUCUGUCCCUGGUCGCCUACCUCAUCCGGUACUGGGAGUGGCUUCAGCUGGCCAUCUCUCUCCCUAACGUCCUCUUCAUUAUGGUAUACUGGUGGGUUAUUAACGAGUCUCCCCGCUGGCUCCUAGCCAACAACCAGAAGGACAAGGCGGUGGAGAUUUUCCGAAAAGUCGCUGACGCCAACAAGAAAGACAUCCCAGAAGGGCUGUUUGAAGAGGAGGGGAAAACAGAUGGCGGCAAAACAGACGGAGAACCCAAGUCGCGCCAUAACUUGAUUGACCUGGUGAGGACACCCAACGUUCGGAGGAAAUCCCUCAUCAUGUUUUAUGCUUGGUUUGUCGCAGGGUUCGUUUUCUACGGCCUGGCGCUGAAUGCUACUAACCUGGCCGGAAACCCCUACCUGAACUUCUUCGUCUCCUGCGCUGUGGAAAUCCCAGCCUACAUCCUUGCAAAGAUUUGUAUGGACAGGUCAGUCUAUACGCUACCUGAGUGUCUGUUUCUCCAUAGGAUCGGACGCCGGUGGUCACUUCUGGCAUUCCUGUUGGUUGCUGGCUUGUCUACGUUUUGUAUCAUGUUCAUCCCAGUUGCCUACUCCAAGGCGAUCACCGUGCUUGCAGUGAUUGGGAAGUUCGGAGCAGCUGGUUGUUUCGGGACCAUCUACGUGUUCGCUACAGAGAUCUUCCCCACAGUAGUCAGGAAUGUUGGUGUUGGUGCGUCCUCCAUGUGUGCCCGUAUCGGUGCCAUCGUGGCCCCGUUUGUCUUCCUCCUGCAUGACGUAUGGUCACCUCUCCCUUACAUCACUUCCGGAACCCUGGCUCUGGUUGCCGCCGGUCUGGUACUCCUGCUUCCGGAAACCCUGGGGACCAAGCUACCACAGAGUUUGCAAGAGUCCGAAAACUUCACUAGGAAAACAGCACAGGCGAGCAAUUCGGAAGCACCGAAGGACGACGAGGCGGCCGACCUGACAGCCGAAACAAAAGUGUGAUCUGGUCGACGUAAAUAUGAUCCCGUUUGCAGAUCUCUGGCUUGGAUCUCACUUUAAAUUUACGAAUAUGCCUUGAACGCGAUAUUCGUAUUGUUAGAGUGAGGAUUCAGCAAGGUGCCACAACCACACGUACUUCUAGUGGCUUUAUCGAAGUCAAAAGGCUUUUGGGAAUUUGACCUUUUUAACACUAAUGUUAGUGAUGUGUGACGUCAUAACUGGGUCAAAUGUGCCCGGAAGUCCACACGUGCAGGUCCAGCAUACCACAGCGUAACAAACCAAAAGUUAUAUGACCAAAAAUAAAAACAAAUACGAACUCGUCAGCUUCGGCAUAUAUCAAAAUAUCAAAUUUUUAUUGGUACAUGUUGUUUGGACCUUUUGUGUAUUUUCACUAAUCAAGUUGUGUUCAUGUUUGGUGAUCAAGGUAUAAAAUUCAUCCCCAUCAUGUACUACAUUUCUGAACAAUCCCGAUCGCCUGUCCUGAAAUGAUUCACAUGAUACAUGGUUACAAUGAUAUUUGUUCCUCAUGGCAUUAGCGGCAACGUUUAGGUUAGAUCAUUACCCUUACUUUUGCAUUGACUUGUGCAAAUGUUAUGCUAGUUUAUGCAUUGAUACACUGUAAUAUAAAGGUUUUAUGCACUUUGCCGUAAGGACCGUGUGUUAGUAUAUUAAUAUCAGGACAAUGUCAAACAUGUAUGCGAAUACAAUAUAUUUUUUUAUCAUUUUAUACUAAUAAAACGUUAACUUUUU